AUGCAACGACUACAACUACUGAAGCAGCAACGACUACAACUACUCAACGACUACAACUACAGCACCAGCAACAACUACAACUACAACACCAGCAACAACUACGACUACAACACCAGCAACAACUACAACACCAGCAACGACUACAACUACUGCACCAGCAACGACUACAACUACAGCACCAGCAACGACUACAACUACUGA